GUUAUUAUUUAUAUGUUUACGGAAAAAUUGAUCCGUGGAUGUGCGUUGUAGGCAGACGCUGCUCUCCGCCCUCUCAUGUUUUGGCAGGUAGCAUGUGUAUUUUGGGUCAGGGCUAUGAGAUUCAUUUCUCGCUCCUAGAGUAAAUGAGGCAUAUGCCACCACGGCUUGGAAGUGGGGGCCAAACAGUGAGAGUUUGGCCACACAACAUUUUUCUCCAUAGUCAUAGCAGGGGUGUAAAAGUAUAGGCCAAGAUGCCACUCUUAAAGCGUGUGGUGUCACCCGUGCAUGUGUCACGGGUGCCCCUGGUGGAGGAGUGGGUGACGGACGACAAUGGCAGAGUCUACGCGGCUCUCCUGCCAGCCACCAAUCAACCGCAGGACCUAGAGUCCUUUACCAACCUCACCCUUGCCAACCUCAUCACCCAGUUAUCAUCACUUUCCCGACAUGCAGAAGACUUGUUUGGGGAAAUGAUAACAGAAUCCACCUCCAUUUUGAAUCGAACAGUAUCAUUACAAGGCAGGGUUGAUAAGCUCUCAGUCAAGGUUAAGAACUUGGAUAGCAAUGUAGAAGAAGUAUCAUUGCAAGACAUUCACAUGCGUAAGGCUUUCAAGUCUUCAGCACUAUUUGAUCAGCAAGUGGUUUCAAGAGACACCAUCCCAGCUGCCAUGUUGGAGACAUAUGAGACAUGUGAGCAACCUCCGCCUCUUCACCAGCUGAAUCCCUACAGGGAUGAUGGCAAGGAUGGACUGAAGUUCUACACGGAUCCAUCCUACUUCUUCAACCUCUGGCGUGAGGAGAUGACCCAGGAGACGGAGCGGCUGAAGCUGGACAAGAAGCAGAAGCAUGCACAUGGAGGGGAGCAUCGAAAUGAGCCAAAUAAACCGAAGGGAGAUGGAAGAAACAAGAGUAAAAAGAUUCCUCGGCAAGCAGGAAACACGAGGGAAAAGCAUCGACAGCUGGCCAUUGCUCAUGGGGAAUACAUCGCACCACAGUCGCAGUAUAGGACUCCAAUGAAUCAAGUCAAUGAGAAUAUGUAUGACCAGUCAUUAGGAAUGAGCACAGCAGAUGGACGACCAUUGCGACCAAAUAGUAUAGAGCUUCGUGGUCAUUAUGUGAAUGCACAAACUGGGCAGGAGGUUGUGUAUGGGACAAACUCCCACCCCCACGCAUAUUCCCCGACCCAGGAGAUGGCUCAGACUGUCCCAGCUUCAGAUCACUCUGGAUACCCACCUCCCUACCAGGAUCAGUAUUCAGGGUACCCACCACCUCCCUAUACGCCAGAUGGAGCUGGAUCACAGGGCAGUACACCUAGUCGAAGUUCAUCACAGCGACCACCUUCAAACAGGCCCCUACAGCCACCACCUGCACCCCCGAGUGGCAACAAUACACCUACACCACCAGGAGGUUCCCACAGUGGCACCCCAACACGCUUACGUGGCCCCUCACAGGGCAGAGAGUGUCUACCUCCUCCUCCACCUCCACCAGGGCCACAGCAGCAGGUGUCUCAUCCUGGUCUGUCUAGAGGGCCAUCCAUGUCACCAGGACCCGGGCGACACGUUCAGCCCCACGAGCAUGACCUCCCACCUCCGCCACCCACUCCAGACAAGGCUGGUGAUGCUGAGCCUCCACCUCCUUCUCCUCCACCUCCUCCUCCAAUACCUGUUAUCCAGGAAGGUGGACCUCCACCACCCCCUCCACCUCCUCCACCUGUUCCGAAUGGGAAUGCUCCUGGAGCACCUCUUCCACCUCCAAUGCCUAAUGGUGUUAUAAAACAACAACCACAGACUGUCUUAGCUAAACCUAAGAAAGUGGAGAAGAAAGUGUUACCUCCAGUUGAAACAGAUGGUCGAAGUGAUCUACUUAAGGCAAUUAGAGAAGGCAUCAAGCUACGGAAGGUUGAUGAUGUCAAGACAAAGCCGAAGGAAGAUCCGGACAGUGUGGAUGUUGCCUCAAUCCUUCAGAGAAGAUUUGCCUUUGAGGUCAGCGACAGUGAAUCCUCCUCAGACAGUGAGUCGGACAGCGACGAAUGGGAUGAGACAAGCGCAUAGUUCUGUGACAGGUCACCAUCAUCUCAAUAUCAUUUAUCAUAUGGCUAUUGCCACUUAUCUGUCACGGUGGAAUUGCAAAUUGAAAAUGUCUUUUAGUCAAAAGUGAGGAAUGGCUUUUAAGUGUAUUCCAGCAACAGUGAGACUCCUGUCACGCAGCUCUGGGUCAUGAGCCCGUGGAAAUGUUGCUGAAGCUGGGAAUUUAGCUCAGAUAUGUGAUGUGAUGUGAGGCUUCUCCUUCUUUAAGGCCAUAUGCAAGUGAUCUGUUCAGUACAUAAAUAGUUAUUUUCAUAUUUCAAAUAUCAUUAUAUACUAUACUUAUUUAAGUCAUUAUUAUGUACUGAACUGUUGAUACUUACUGAGACAUGAAUACACAAAGGCUGUAUUUUAUGCUUUGAAGUUGAGGAGUUUGUCAUCUGAAUAGCUGGUAGCACAGACACUAGGAAAUGUUCAGAUGGAAUAAUUAUCAAUUCAGUUGUUCUUAAUAGCAGUUGAAACUAUAUCAGGAUAUGAAAUGUAACUCGCAAGCAUCACACCACUUUUCCUAAUUGGCUAAACUUUACUUUUUUCCCUUUUUUUGUAAGAGAAAUAAAUUUGUUGCCUAAAGUUAGUGUAAUUAUGAUUAGCAAAUACAAAAUAGUUGCUGUAAACUUCCAACCAUACUGGAAAAUAUUCUGGAAGUCACAGUAUAUUGUAAAUGUUUUUUCUUUUACUUGUUUUUGUUAUCCUUCUUUUUUUUAAUAGAAGCUUGUAAUAUAUUUCCAUUUUAUGUCAAGGCUUUAUUCAUGUGAUACACUACCAGCCCAUUUUCUGUCACUGCUAUUGUGCUUUGUUGUGUAAAUUUUCUGAGUUAUAUUAAGUUUAAUUCCAAAGAUGAAAACAUUAUUACUAUAUAUAUGUACAUAUAUAUUCAUAUUUUCAUGGUAACUGCCACUUGUAUUGGAUAUUUGGCCAUCUACAUUAAAAUAAGUUAGUUCAUUGUAUCCCAUGUAAUGAGAAAAGUAGCUGUUUUAUAACUGUAUGAGAAUUAUGAAUACUCAUGAUUAGGGUGCUUGGAGAAAGGAACACAUUGGCCAAAGCAAUAUUGGGGUGCAUCAGCUGUCAUUUUGUUCAACGGACUUUUGUUAUGGGCUGAGAUUCAUUAAAAGGUCUUUUAGGUUAUGUUUCGGUUGCUUGUCAGUGUGGGAAGUAACGCACAAUUUCUAGAUAAUGUAGGGUUAUAUAUGUUUUUGAUUUAUGCUUUUUAUAUUUUUUUUGUUAUUAUUUAUAAUUUACAAUGUAUUUACUGUUGUAUAACUUUUCCCAUAUGUACCUUUCAAUACGCACAUAUUUAUCUUCUCAGGUUUAUGAUUAUAAUUGAUUUUGAGUUAAAAUGAGUGAUGAUAUGUAUGGAUAUAACAGGAUAAAAAGUUUUGAUGAUGAUAUAAAAUCAUAAUUCUUUAAGAUUAUUUGAACAGAUUCCUUCAUUAAGCAUAUAUGAAGUUGUAAGCUACCCACAAACAAGGUUACUCAGAACUCUCUUACCUUGAUUUUAUCAGAAUAGGUAGAUGAGACAGCCUUUACUCACAAAUAUAUGUAAUGCAAGUAAUUCAGCCUCUAGAUUGUCAUUCUCUAUGUAUAAAGAUGCUUUGAUUUAUAUACGUCAUUUAAUAUCUUACCUUUCUUGAAGUUGGGGAGUCAGUGGAAUGACCAUUAAGUUGGGGGUGUGUGUCGUUCUGUGUAUAAUAUCUGUGGAUGAAAUUACAAAACGUAACAAAAAACUUGGUUAAAUGUUAUGAACAGUUUCCUGCAAGGAUGCACAAUGAAAUUGUAUUUUUGAUUAUUGUUAUGUUUAAAGUGGGGUUUUAAGUUGAAAAUUAUUUCAUUUAUGUGCUUGGUUAGAAUUGCCAACUGCAGUUUCCUCCAUUCAGUUUUCAGGAUUACUUGUCUGUGCUGAUAGUUCUGGUCAAUAUUGUGUGUUGAUGGUAGCAAAGCUUUUGAUAUGAAUAACAAGAGUUACCUAUGAAAGAAGUCAAUGAGAUCUUUGUAUGCCUUUUAUGUAGCAAUACUAGUAGGCUUUUUUAGGAUGGAGGAUGACGUUGAAAUUAUUAAGCAAAAACUGCAAGGAAAUGUUUUUUCCUGAAUUCUUCUAAGCAUAAGGUAUAGUAGACUAGUCAUUUUGUACUCAAGUGUUAUGGCCAAAAUAUGGUUUGCAGAAAGUCAACUGAACUGAACUUCAGUAAUCUGUGAUUGUUGCAAUGAAGGUUGAUGUUCUGAUGGGAAGUUUGUUGCUAACCAUUUUUGUUUUAUCGCAAAAUGUAUUCACUUGAGUCUCAUGAACAAUAUUAUUUGCAAUAUAUACACCCAGUGAAUUUAUGCUUUGGGGCUUUUUAAACCGUUGAAGAGGUUUAAACUUAACAAAUAUAUAACAUAUUAGGAAGGUUUAUAGAGUUUCUUUUUUUUUAAACAGGCACAGCUAAAAGUUUCCCUGAGUAGAAGUAAUAUUGAAUUUGUGUUUUAGAUAUUUAAUCUCUUCUGAACUAUAUUUAUCAUUCUUUUCCUGAUGAAAUUUAAGUGUACAUUAUCCAUUUCUAUUUCAUCACGGCAUUUCAAACAUCUUAAAAUAGGUGAGUUAUGCCAUAGACAGCAUGAUUGAUACAUAGAAUGGUCUGUAUUUUAUGAAUGUAUAUGCAAACUUAUAUAUUCUUAAUAAGGGAUUUUGUAUAUUGAUUUCUUUGAAGAAUGGUCUUCAUUCAAUGUUCAAAUGUUAAUGAUUUGGUUAAGAAUCUUUAUUUGUUAUAUUGCAGUAUGUGAAGUAGUGCAGUUCUCCUUCCUACUGCUGGGACAGAUAUUUCCAUGAUUAUAUCAUAGUAUGUGUUUUUUUUCUUUUUAUUAUUAUUAUUAUUAUUAUUAUUAUAAUUUUUUUUUUUUUUUUCCCCCCUCAAUUAUUUUUAGGUACACAAAGAGUGACUAUACUUUGAGAAGUAAAUAAAGAUGCUGAGUGGGUAGUCUUUGUGGUGCACAUCCCAUGAGCUGUAGAAGUUGCAUGUGUUCCUUAUUGUAUCUGUACAUAGCUUUUGCUCAGACAGUAGAUGGUACAAGUCGACACUAAUCACUGUUCACAACAUCUGCUGCAUUGGUCACAAGGAUAAUUGGUGAAAUCGCAUCUGUAUGGGAUCAACACAUUAUGAUGUAAGUCAAUAGAAGUAGUGGAAAUAAGCAUUAUAUUCAUAUUUUCAAAGGUUGAAUGUAAAAAGCUUAUUUUGGGUGAAAAAUGGUUAUCGCAUAGGAAAGUGAGGUCUUCAGUCGGAGGAAAGUUUCAUUUAUUAUUAAAAUGGUCUUAUUACUGGCUAAAGACUGCCAAGCUAUAUGGAUAAAAAUAAAUAUGCACUUGUGGAAUGAAUAUUACUUGUCAAAUUUAUCAACGUCGCAUUUUCAGUUUUAUCAACAUAGAUAAAAAUGAUUCAUCACUUUGUUGUGAAUAUUUACUGGGUCUGCAUGAAUUGUAAUAAGAAAAUGGUGAUAUAUCUGUGUAAGUGUUGCUGGUCCAUUCAGGGACAUAUCUUGUAUUUCCCUUUUGAGGACAUUUUAUAUAUCGGAAAAUAAAAAUAUCUGUCUAGUGAAAGCUUAGCUACUGAAAUGAUUUUGAUCAAGGCUGAUGUGAAAAUAUAUAAUGUAAUGUAUAAUUUUUGUCACAUGUUCUUAUAGAAAAAGUGUAUCAGAAUAAGGCCCAGGUUUUCUUUCAUAUCCUUAUUAUGCCAACCAAUUCAAAUCCUAAAUACUUUAUUAUGCAUGUGGUGCUAUCAUAGGGUCAAACAGUCGGUAAAGAUGCAAGCUUAUAAAUUUAAUUUUGUGGCUUCAAAAUGUGGCACCACAUUGAGCUUGUUCAUGUAGGUUGUGCAACUGAGUAUCAAACUUUAGGUGUCUUUCAUAAUUGGUCUUGUUUGAAGUUAUAUUUGUACAUGGGUUUUAACCUAAAUUUUACAGCAUGAACAAGUUUCUCUUUUUUUUUCUGGCAGAUUUAGCCCUACCAGUUUAAUGUUAACCCAUUCCAUGCCUUACUUAAUGAAUUAAGUACUACUCGACACAUGGUCUAACACUCCAGCUGUAUGAAACAAAUUUCCUGUGUACUAAACUAGAUGCUCUUGCCUCUCUUUAUACACAACCUGUAUGGAACUAGUAUUUUCAAAGCUAGGUUUCUUUCUGCCUCUCCUUUUCAGCUUUCAGUAUCUUUCCAUUGUAUAUUUCAUUUAUCCUCUGUUAUUCAUGUGAAGUAGAUUACCAGUUAGGUUUGGCAUCUUAUGACCUUUCUUAUCAAAUGCUCUAGUAUCCUUCCCUCCACAAUGCUCCACAUCAUGCUUCAAGGCGCAGAUGUAUGUAAGAGGUUUUCUUCUUAAUAAAAUUGUGAUGAU